AUGGCGGAGCGGAGAGCUCUCCGCGACGAGCUCCUCGCCGGCGAGGAUUACCCUUUCAUACAGGCACUGCCCAAGGUCGAAUUGCAUUUGCACAUCGAGGGCACGCUGGUGCCGGAGCUGCGAUGGAAAUUCGCACAGCGCAACAAGCUCCAGUUGAAGAGUCCUCGCACCGGUCAGACGUACGAAAGCAUCGAGCACCUGAAAUCCGAAGUCGACACCUUCACCUUCUUCGAGGCGUACUACGACGGCUUCAAGGUGCUCCUGACCACGGAAGACUACUUCGAGCUGGCGAUGAAUUACUUUGAGAGGGCUGCGGCCAUGAACGUGCGCUAUGUCGAGGUUUUCUUCGAUCCGCAGGGCCACACGGCCCGGGGAGUCUCCUGGGAGACCUUUAUGUCGGGAUUCAAGCAGGCCUCGGAAAAGGCGGAGAAGGUGUUGAACGUCAAAUCCACUUGGAUCAUGUGCAUUCUCCGCGAUUUGUCACCAGAGUCGGCCAUGGAGCACUACGAAGCCGCCCUCGACUACCGCGACAUGAUAGUCGGACUGGGCUUGGACUCCGAGUCGUACAAGCUGCCGCCGUCGCUGUUUGAGAACGUCUGGUCAAGGGCUCGCGCCGACGGCUUCUUUAAGUUGACUGCGCACUGCGACGACGGUGCUAAGGAGGACGUCGGCGAGCAUAUUCGUGAGGCGGUAUGCUGCAUGGGUGGAUCUGGGGCAGAUCGGAUUGACCACGGCACCAGCGCCGCCGACGACCCUGAACUUAUCGAGAUGAUCAAGCAACGUGGCCUGGGCCUGACGUUGUGCCCAUGCGCGUAUCUGCGGUAUUACACCAGCGAGUCGACAUUUGGCAAGAUUUCGUUGUUGCACGAGGCCGGCGUCAAGUUUAUGAUCGGCAGUGACGAUCCCGCGUACAUGGACAAUAGUUGGCAGUUGAGCAACAUGCUGCUGGUCAAGCACAAGUGUGGCUUUAGCAAUGAGGAUAUGGUUCAGCUCGUCAAGAAUGGGGUGGACAUGUGCUGGGGGCCGGCCGAGCUGAAGACUGCCAUCUUGGAAGAGAUCGACCAGGUAUGGCACAGUUACUCAAAAGCGAAAUGAAACAGAAGGAACACGAUGGACAUGUUGGCCAACCGCUUGGAUUCCGCAUG